AUGCCGGAAGGCUGCAACCAGGGAUCAGAGAAGAGUGACGAAGAUGUCAUAGAGAUUAUCGGAGUAGUGAUUUUAGGAUGUGGCAUUUGGAUCUUAUGGGAUGAGAACAGCUUUAUUAACGCACUGUUGCCUCCAGAUCAUCAAGAUAUCUUAAGCAUUACUGCUUACUGUUUCCUUGCGAUUGGUAUCACUGUCACCAUUGUGUGCUUGGUGGGAUGUGUAGGAAGUAUAAAAGAAGUGAAAUGCUUGUUUGCUCUGUACUUAUUAUUUCUGGCCCUUAUUUUCAUUUUUCAACUUGCUAUUGGAUUGGCUGUUCUUUCACAAUAUAGCAAGAUUGUAACUGUGAUAGAUAAGAAAACCAUUGAGGCCAUUAAACAUUAUGGCAAUGACAGCUUUUCGAAAGAACUAACAUGGAAUCUUUUGGAUGUCAUACAGAAAGAAUUUCGAUGUUGUGGAUAUUACAAUUCCACAGAUUGGGAACAAAAUCCAAUUUUACCGACUACGACUCUGCCUUGCUCAUGUAGCAAUCAGACAGAAGCUGAUUUUACUCCCCCCUGUACUGUCACAGAGAGCAGCUACAUAUACCCAAAGGGCUGUCGCAGAGAAAUAAAACAAUGGUUCAAUAACAACAUGUUGACUCUUCUCGGAGCUGCUGUUGCUCUUCUCCUAAUACAGGUAUUGCAGUGCGUCAUGGCUUUGUAUCUGUUGAAAUACAUCAAGAAGAAAAAAAAGAAUGAUUUAAAAGCGAAACACUUAACAUACUAA